AUGGCCCAGAUCGGCGGCAACCUGCCAUAUGGCGCUGGCCAUGCCACAGGGCCGGUGGUCCUCAAGGCAAAGGAAAAGACGAUGAGCUUGACUGGCGACGACUUCAGCAUCACCGGGGAGGACGGCACCGUGUGGUUCAAGGUAGAUGCCAAGCUGCUCAGCAUGAGGGAGAAGCGGGUGCUGGUGGAUGGCGCCGGGCGGCCCGUGGCGGCGCUCCAGAAGAAGCUGAUCUCGCUCAAGCCCGCGUGGCAGCUCUUCCGCGGCGCCGACUUCCAGCAGCCGGUGGCCACCAUCAAGCAGAAGCUGCUGACGCUGAAGCCGUCUGUGGGCGUGUUCCUGGAGGGCCAAGAGGAGGCGGCCUUCAAGUGCAAGGGCAACUUCCUGGCCAAGAAAUUCGAGGUGCUGGCGGUGACGGGGGGGCAGGAGACCGCGAUUGCCAAGAUCGGCAAGGAGAGCCGGUUCAGCAGCGCGGGCGCGUUUGCCAAGGCCAUGCUCACCGACUCGCACACAUACUUCAUCGAGGCCCAGCCGGGCACCGACCUGGCCUUCCUGGCGGCGCUGUGCAUUGCGGUGGACGAGCUGUUCCGGGACCAGGAGAAGAAGGCGGCCAGCUCGGGCGGCACGGCGUGCAAGUGA